AUGAAAAAGGUCUCUUUACAGCUAGUACAAGUUAUUUGUGCCAUUGUAUGGUGUCUGUUCGCGGCUGGCACCAUUUUUGGGUUUGCAGCAUUAAAACCUAUUUUGAUCGACCAGGGUGUCUAUUCAGAGCUCUGUUCACCACUUAACUCCACCGUUGCAGCGUUUGCAGAUGGGUUGAAACAGUCGCGUCUCGAGGAAAUGUCCCUCAAGCCCUGUACUGCUCAAGAUUUGAAGCUCAACAUGAUGUUCACUCUGGGAGCGGGAACUACCAAUGUCGUGGCUCUCUUGGUGGGAUACGUAUUGGACAUCAAAGGUCCUCGAGUGUGCGGAUUUGUAGGAUCUGCAGCUUUGACUCUGGGAACUCUCAGUCUGGCCUGGAGCUCGAAGUUGGUCGCCUUUUUCGACCCUUAUAUUAUCGGAUACAUCUUGCUGGCUAUUGGAGGACCCUUCGUGUUCAUUUCAACCUUCCAAUUGGCUAACAGCUUCCCCAAAAAAUCCGGAACCAUUUUAGCCUUACUGACCGGCGCAUUCGACUCCUCGUCUGCUCUGUUUUUACUCUAUCGAAUUGUGUAUCAGAACUGGGCACCCAAUUUGACAUUAAAGAAGUUCUUCACGGGCUACCUGGUGGUGCCAGCCUUCAUUUUUGUGUGCCAAUUAUUUAUCAUGCCCAAAGAGUCUUACAAGACCCUUGGUGCCAUCGAGAAAAUGGAGGUGGAGGGUCUAAACAUGGACGGGUCGCUUCCAGAAGGCGAAGAUGGGUCCCGCAUCAUUCCUGAUGCGACCGAGAGACAGUCUCUAUUAUCAAAUCACUCCUCUGGAAUUCACCCAGUGCUUUCUACAGACUCUCGCCGGAAAUCUGUGUGGGAAAACUACGUGGAGGCCAAGCUUGAGAAGAAAACCAGUGGGAUUUUCGGUGCAAUGCACGGACGUUCAGCUUCCAACCAAAUCAAAAGUCCUUGGUUUGCAUUGAUGCUGGUUUUCGUGGUCAUUUGCAUGCUAAGGAUAAACUAUUUUGUCGCGACUGUUAGAUCGCAGGAAGAAUACCUACUUGAUGAUUCCAGCCUGGCAUUGAAAUUCAACGCCAUUUUCGACGUCGCGCUCCCUGUCGGUGGAGUUUUCUCGAUACCCUUCAUCGGACUGGUGUUAGAUAAUUGCUCCAUUCUGACGGCCAUAAUAUCUGUGUCUUCCAUCUCCAUCACCGUUGGUGUUCUCGGACUUUUCCCCUCAUUUUAUUCAAACUUGAUUGGUGUCUUGAUUUUGGUCGCCUAUAGACCAUUUUACUACACUGUGGUAUCUGACUACUGUGCCAAGGUCUUCGGUUUCGACACGUUUGGAACUGUGUACGGUCUGUUGAUGUGCUUAUCGGGUUUGUUCAACAUGAGUCAAACUAUUUUGGACAAGCUUACUCACACCACAUUCAAAAUGGAUCCUACUCCUGUGAACUCCAUAUUGGUAACGCUCACACUUCUUUCGGCAGUGUCAUUGAUCACUUUCUUGUACAGAGAAAGCAAAGCCCGGGACAAAAAGAUUCGCGCCAUCGAACAAAUUUCAGAAACUGCUGAAGACUCUCCUGAAAGCUCCGCCGACACUGGAAUUCAUUAUGGGAGCGUUUGA